AUGGCUGUAGAACAAGUACCAGAGCUGAAUAGACUUCCAAGUAUAGGACUCCCCCACACCACCUCCCCUCCUCCUAAUCCCCCAUUUCCCCUUCCCCGCUUCCCUCCUCUCCUCACCAAACCAUCCCUCUCCUAUCCUCAGCUGGAUGACGUUAUCGAUACUGACGUGGUUCUCAUAACCCAAUCACUAGACGAUCACAUGCACGUGAGGACGCUCAAGGCGCUGGCAGCUAGGCGGCCGGACGUCCCUGUGAUCGCCACUCCCAACGGACAGGCGUUUCUGGACUCCCUGUUCUCCAAUGUGACAUACCUAGAGCCCGGCUCAUCCACCUCCUUUUCUUCGUCCAAAGGAGCCCGGCUGUCUGUGAAGGCCGUGCCUGGGCCUGUGCUGGGUCCACCCUGGCAACGACCAGAGAAUGGGUACAUUGUUCGAGGGGGAGUGUCAGGUGCCUCUAUUUAUAUCGAGCCACAUUGUGUGUUUAACGAGGCAGCUCUUAAGGAGGGUGGCGAACGAGUGGAUGUGCUGGUGACGCCGGUGGUGAAACAGGAGUUACCGGCUUUCACCCUCGUGUCAGGGCAGGAGGAUGCUGUGAGGCUGGCUCAGGUAGUGGGCGCUAGAUACGUGGCGCCUAUGGCUAAUGCUGACGUGGACGCGUCUGGGAUUUUGAGUGCUCUUGUAACUCCUAUUGGCACACUCGAUUCAUUCAAGGUACGCCCCACUCUUUUUCUGAGCCACUUUCUCGUAUUCCUCCUUUUUGCUGUCUCCUUUCGCCCUCCAUAUCUCUCCUUUCCAGUCAUGGCUAACCCUCGUCGUACCAUCCUCAUGUGUUUUGCGUUGACUGGAAACAUGCCUUUCCUUUUCUCCCUCCUCCCUUCUCCCUUCUACUUCCUCCCUUCUCCCUUCUACUUCCUCCCUUCUCCCUUCUACUUCCUCCCUUCUCCCUUCUACUUCCUCCCUUCUCCCUUCUACUUCCUCCCUUCUCCCUUCUACUUCCUCCCUUCUCCCUUCUACUUCCUCCCUUCUCCCUUCUACUUCCUCCCUUCUCCCUUCUACUUCCUCCCUCCGCCCUCCCCCUUUCUCUUAUCUCCCUUCUCCCCAUCUCCCUUCUCCCCGUCUCCCUUCUCCCCGUCUCGCUUCUCCCCGUCUCCCUUCUCCCCAUCUCCCUUCUCCCCAUCUCCCUUCUCCCCGUCUCCCUUCUCCCCGUCUCGCUUCUCCCCGUCUCCCUUCUCCCGUUUCUCCUGCUUGACUCCUUGUAACGCUGUAACCCUCCUGCAGCUACACUCGGUGCGCCGCUUAUACGAGAACAUCAUGCCGUCCCGUACGGUGUACAACACUAAGCUCACCUAUGCAUUCUCACUACACUCGGUGCGCCGCUUAUACGAGAACAUCGUACCGUCCCAUACGGUGUACGACGUCGAGUCACCGGAGCACGUGAUUCGCCGGUUCAGCCACGAUGGGCAGUACCUCAUCUGCUUCUCGCGCAACGGCCUUGAGCUCAUUGUGUACCGCUUCCACUGGUUCAAUACCUCAUCUGCUUCUCCCGCAACGGCCUUGAGCUCAUCGUCUACUGCUUCCACUGGUUCAAUUCAGCACUGGUUAGCAGGUUCAACCACAGUGGGGAGUGGGCAGUACCUCAUCUGCUUCUCCCGCAACGGCCUUGAGCUCAUCGUGUACCGCUUCCACUGGUUCAGCCACGAUGGGCAGUACCUCAUCUGCUUCUCCCGCAACGGCCUUGAGCUCAUCGUCUACCGCUUCCACUGGUUCAACUACGGCGCGCAGGGGGCAGCAGCAGUGGCAGAGGUAGAGGAGGACGACGACCUCCCAGCUUCUAGAAAGUUCCCGAGCUACUUUGAGCAGCUGGGGCAGUGGGAGUGGCAGAGGCAGAGGAGGACGACCACCUACCAGCUGCGUCCAGGAAGUUCCCGAGCUACUUUGAGCAGCUGUACUGCGCUUCCUCUUCCCCCCUUCCCCCCUGACAGCUACGGCGCGCAGGGGGCAGCAGCAGUGGCAGAGGCAGAGGAGGACGACCACCUCCCAGCUUCUAGAAAGUUCCCGAGCUACUUUGAGCAGCUGUACUGCGCUUCCCUUCCCCCCUCCCAACCCCCCCCCACCUUUCCACCCAGCUACGGGGCUCAGGGGGCAGUGGGAGUGGCAGAGGCAGAGGAGGACGACCACCUACCAGCUGCGUCCAGGAAGUUCCCGAGCUACUUUGAGCAGCUGUACUGCGCGCCCCUGGGGAGGGGCAGCGAGGUGCUGUGCAAGGACCUCUUCCUCUGCUGCCAGGGGAGCGCUCUGCCUGCCUUGCCUUGGGCUAGGGGCACUGCCUCUACGGCGCGCAGGGGGCAGCGGGAGUGGCAGAGGCAGAGAAAGACGACCACCUACCUCCAGCUGCCAGAAAGUUUCCGAGCUACUUUGACACCCUCCCCUCCCCCCCUCCCACCCAGCUACGGCGCGCAGGGGGCAGCGGGAGUCGCAGAAGCAGAGGAGGACGACCACCUGCCAGCAGCGUCCAGAAAAUUCCCGAGCUACUUUGAGCAGCUGUACUGCGCGCCCCUGGGGAGGGGCAGCGAGGUGCUGUGCAAGGACCUCUUCCUCUGCUGCCAGGGAUCUGCCUUGGGCGUGUUUGCCUCGGCCACCCCUGCGGAUUUGGCGUCUCCUCCUAGGGUGGGGGCAGUUAAAGGGGUGCCUGCUAUGGAGAGCAUCACUCUACACCUCGUCAGGCUGUGUGAUGGCAAGGUGGUGGACAGGCGUGUGUUUCGAGACGACUACAUCAACCUCACCCACAAUGGAGGGGCGUUUCUGUACGACGACCUGCUCUCCGUGCUCAGCAUCCGCUUCCAGAGGAUACACUUGUUCCAGGUGAGAGGAAUCGAAAGUCGCCCAGAGGAGUUGAGUGAACUCAACUCAACCCUCACUGUGUUUCGAGACGACUACAUCAACCUCGCUCACAACGGAGGGGCGUUUCUAUACGAUGACCUGCUGUCCGUGCUCAGCAUCUGCUUUCAGAGGAUCCAUCUCUUUCAGGUGAGGGUGGUGGAUUGGUCGGUUUGUGGAUGUGCAGGUGGUGGGGCCGUUUGGGUGUGUGACGAUGAUGAGCUGCUGCUCUCAUCCUACCUCUCCACCACUCCCCACCCCCCUGCACCACAGAUCGUAGAGGCAGCAGAGCGGUUUGUAGACGUGCAAGUAAUCGGGCCGUUCGGGUGCGAUGAUGAUGAGUUGAUGCUCUCAUCCUACCUCUCCACCACUCCCCACCCCCCUGCACCACAGAUCGUAGAGGCAGCAGAGCGGUUUGUAGACGUGCAAGUAAUCGGGCCGUUCGGGUGCGAUGAUGAUGAGUUGAUGCUCUCAUCCUACCUCUCCACCACUCCCCACCCCCCUGCACCACAGAUCGUAGAGGCAGCAGAGCGGUUUGUAGACGUGCAAAUAGUGGAAGCAGCAGAGCGGUUUGUAGACGUGCAAGUGAUCGGGCCGUUCGGGUGUGACGAUGACGAGCUGCUGCUGCAGUCGCAUUUCCACGAGGAGUGGCGCUUUCAGCGGCAUUUGGCUGAACUGAGGAGGAGGCAGGCCACGGGAGGGAGGGGAGGGGGUGGUGAGGGGAGUGGAGGUGUGGGAGGUGAGGAGGGGAUUAGUGAGGGGGGUGUGGGGGGGUAUACGGAAGAGGAUGAGGAGGGGGAGGGGGAGGAGGAAGGGGAGGAAGGGGAGGGGAGAGGGGAGGGAGGUGAAAGGGGAGGGCGGGAGGGGGGAGAUGGAGAGGAGGUGGGAGGGAGAUUGGGAGGAGUGGGGGGAGGAGGUGGAAGGGGGGAGGGAGAGAGGGUGGGUGAUGCAGAGAGGAAAGGCAGGAGUACGGUUUUAGAGGGAAGGGGUGAUGACGGUAGAAUGAGGGGAGAGGAGGGGAGAGUGGCGGAUGAGAGGAGUCAGGGUGAGGGGAGUAGGGGGGAGGGAAGUAGCGGGGAGGGGAGCAGGGGUGAGGGGAGCAGGGGUGAGGGGAGCAGGGGUGAGGGGAGCAGGGGUGAGGGGGUCGAGAGGGGGACGGGACAGGAAAGGAAGUGGAAAGAGACGCAAGGAUUGGGAGGAGGGUAUUUGGAUAGGAGGCAGGACGAGCAGGGGGUGAAGAAGCCGCGAUUGAGACUGGAAAGUGUGAGGGAGGAGGGGGUGGAGGGGCAUGGGAGAGAUGAGUCAGGGGAGGUUGGAGAGAGGGCGAGAGGUGGGGAUGGGGGAAAGGAGGGAGGAGAGAGAGGAGAGAGAAGAGAAAGAGCAGUGGAAAAGGCUGAGAUUGUAAGCGAGGGAGUGGAGGAAGGAGGAGGUGGGGAAGGAGAAGAAGGGGAAGAAGUAAAGAGAAGUGAGAGAGGGGAAGGGACCACUGUAGGUGACGAGGGGGCAAGGGAAGAGAAGGGAGGAAGCGGAGGAGGAGGAGGAGGAGGAGGCGAGGAAAGAGGAGAGGAAACUGGUCACAGUGUCAGAGGGAAGGAAACGGGAGGAGGAGAAAUUGGAGGAGAGAGAGGAGGAGCAAGAGGAGGAGCAAGAGGAGGAGCCGGGGGAAUGGGAGGGGUAGCGAUGUAUGAGAGGCGCUAUGGGGGGGAGGAUGGGCGGCUGUUAGCGCCGCGCACAUCCAUGGGUCCCCCUGGUGGUGGGGGAAGGGGGAGAAGAGAGGGAGGGAGAGGAGGGGCAGGGGGAGGAGGGGCGGCGGGAGGAGGGGUGGCAGCAGGAGGAGCAGGAGCAGCAGGAGGAGGGAGGGGUGGGGAUGUGUGGAUGCAAGGUGGGGUUGCUGCUCACAGCCUUACCAUGUCUACCUUUGGCUCUAGCCUCUUCAGCCUCUCGUAUGGGCCUGACGGUCAGGCAUCGCUACAAUCGCCUUCCCACACCGCCUCACACACUCACUCCCACACUCACUCUCACACUCACUCGCAUGCCCACUCCCAUGGACAUUCCCACGCUCACUCCCAAUCGCACUCGCGUGCUCAUUCGCACGAGCGUGGGACUGGGGGAAUGCGGCACCACGGAGGGGCGAGCUCAGAGGGAGCAGCAAGAAGCGGCUUGCCGUUUUUCUUUGGAGCAAUGGGAGCAGCAGCAGGGGGGAGGGGAGUGGGGGGAGGCACUGGGGAGGGCGGAGAGAGGGGGGUGAGUGGGAGGAUGAUUGGGUCUAGGAGUCAGGGAGAGGGGAGGGAGAGAGGGAUAGGGGGAGGGGGGUCUGAGAGGGAGAGAGGCGGCAGGGAGAGGGGCAGUAGGAGACGACGCAGCAGACAGACGGGGGAGGGCGGCAGCGAAUCGGGAACGGGCGGCGGUGGGGCGGCGAGUUAUGUUGUCAGUGACAGGGGCGAUCUGGAGGCGAUUACGAGGCAGCAGUUGGGGGGAGGAGCGGGGGGAAGGGGGAGUGAAGGCGUGGGGGGAGCAGCAGGGGGAGGGGCAGCUGCAGGAGGAGGGGCAGGGGGAGAAGGAGAGGCAGGGAGAGAAGGAGGAGCAGCGGCAGCAGGAGCAGGGAGAGGGGUGAGGGGAGGAGUGGGAGCAGCAGAACUGGCAGGGGAAGGAGAUGGGGGUGCGCAUGGGCAUGGGCAUGGUCAUAGGGAUGGGGAUGGCCUAGAAGGUGGACGAACAGAUGGCACUGGUGGUGGGGGUGUAUCCGCUCCCAUGCCUGGGCCUGGUGCUGCCAGAGGUGCUGGGAGAUCAGAAGGCCCUGCAGGAGCAGGAGCAGGAGCAGCAGGAGUGGGAGGAGAGGGAGGAGUGGGCGGAGGGGGAAGAGGGGUUGGAGGGGGAGGAAUGGGAGGAGUGGGAGGAAUGGGUGGAGGGGAGAGAGAAGGGGGGGUAGGGGGAGGUGGGUUUGGGGGAGCUCUAGCCGGGCUAGAGAGGGAAGGAGGGGCAAGGGAGGCCAGUGGAUGGGGUGACGGGAGGUGGAUGUUGGGGGGGGAAGGGGAGGAGGUGGGCAUGAGGGGUAUGGGGGAACUGGGGGUGGGUGGGGGGAUGGUGAAUGCUGGGGGGCUGUUAACAGGUGGCGGGUUGUUGAGUGUGCUGAUGCAGCGGCUGCUGGUGCACGUAUUUGAGUGCCACCUGGGGGAUGCAGUGGGGUCGAGCUCAGCUGUUGCACCGCUGUCAUCUGCUCAUCCGCCUGGGCAGCACAGAGGGGGUGGUGCUGCGGGGUCUCACUCGUUCGCACCUCCCGCUCCCACUUUCUUCCCCGUGCCAGGCUCAGCUGUUGCACCGCUGUCAUCUGCUCAUCCGCCUGGGCAGCACAGAGGGGGUGGUGCUGCGGGGUCUCACUCGUUCGCACCUCCCGCUCCCACUUUCUUCCCCGUGCCAGGCUCAGCUGUUGCACCGCUGUCAUCUGCUCAUCCGCCUGGGCAGCACAGAGGGGGUGGUGCUGCGGGGUCUCACUCGUUCGCACCUCCCGCUCCCACUUUCUUCCCCGUGCCAGGCUCAGCUGUUGCACCGCUGUCAUCUGCUCAUCCGCCUGGGCAGCAGAGAGGGGGUGGUGCUGCGGGGUCUCACUCGUUCGCACCUCCCGCUCCCACUUUCUUCCCCGUGCCAGGCUCAGCUGUUGCACCGCUGUCAUCUGCUCAUCCGCCUGGGCAGCAGAGAGGGGGUGGUGCUGCGAGGUCUCACUCGUUCGCACCUCCCGCUCCCACUUUCUUCCCCGUGCCAGGCUCAGCUGUUGCACCGCUGUCAUCUGCUCAUCCGCCUGGGCAGCAGAGAGGGGGUGGUGCUGCGAGCGCUCAGCUGUUGGACCGCUGUCAUCUGCUCAUCCGCCUGGGCAGCACGGAAGGGGUGGUGCUGCGAGCCUCUGACAGCUCCCACCAGAACUCUUUUUUCACCGUUUACAACUUCGUCACCACCAGAGUGCUGUGCUUCUAUCAGGUGAGUGCUCUCUGCUUCUGGAAGGUGAGUAGACGGCAUAGCAGUGCAAAGGUGGGUGGUGUGACAACCCGAGUACUCUCUGCUUCUAUCAGGCGCCUCAAAAGGAUGGCAAGCCAGGAGACGACUUUUGAGGCGCCUCAAAAGGAUGGCAAGCCAGGAGACGACUUUUGA